AUGAGAGAAGAAGAAGAUUCCAAUUGGUUCACUAAAUGGGAAGAAGAGCUUCCAUCACCAGAAGAACUCAUACCAUUAACUCAAUCCUUAAUCACUCCCGAUCUCGCCAUAGCUUUCGAUCUCCGAACCACUAACACAAACUCCGGUCAAGUCAAUUCAACCGCCGAAUUCGCUGCAGAUUCAACCGGAGACGAACCAACAGCAAGAACGCUAAAACGACCGCGUUUAGUCUGGACGCCGCAGCUACACAAACGUUUCGUAGACGCGGUUGCUCAUCUCGGUAUCAAAAACGCAGUUCCUAAAACCAUCAUGCAGCUUAUGAGCGUUGAUGGUUUAACCAGAGAAAACGUCGCAAGCCAUUUGCAAAAAUACAGACUUUACCUCAAAAGAAUGCAAUCCGGCGCCGGAAACAACGCCGGAGUUGGUGAUUCCGAUCAUCUAUUUGCGAGCUCACAUGUCCCUACACAUUUCCUCAAUCCGACAAGUAGACAAAACUCCGACCAUUUCAUACCUUCUUUUGUCCCAAUCUCCACUCUUCAGCAACAUCAUCAGCAACAACAGAGUCAGUUCCUACACCGAGGAAUCGCCGCCGUGAAUUUUACUUCUCCGGUGAAUAAUGGGAAAGUGAUGGAUCAGUCAUUGUUCUUGGCUAGGCAGAAUCAGCAGCAACAAGUUAUUAGACCAUCUUCAUUGCAUUUGCAUAGUCAAGUGGCUAAUCACACCGAAGAAUCAGGAGGAGCCAAGACUGUUUUGACUCUGUUUCCAACUCGAAACGAUUGA